CGGUGAUACCGACGGCGCCAUUUGUUUGGACGCCCUUAGGAUCGUUUGGAGUCGGAGGUGCUCUUCGUUUCGGAGUAAAAGGAUCGAGUGUGGUAUGCUCGAAGAAUGCCGCGAUUAUGAGCUGCUUUCCACAAUCGGAGUGCCCGAGUGUCAUGCUGCGAGGAACAACUGCGAUUAUUUCACGAACCGAUAGUACGGCUACUUCUUUUUAACGCUGUUUGAACGAGCCGUGUCUCAUUCCUGUAAAAGGUGCCGCGGACAAGUUAGAAUGUCUCUGAGUGCCAGUGCGGAGAAUCUGUCGUCCGAGGGACAAAAUAGCGAGAGAUGGAAUAUGUGCCUGGAACUGGCAUUGGAGGGCGAGCGCCUAUGCAAAGCCGGCGAUUGCAAGUCAGGAGUGGCGUUCUUCCAGGCGGCGAUCCAAGCUGGCACGGAUGAUCUACGGAUAUUAAGCGCGAUCUACAGUCAACUUGGCAAUGCAUACUUUUACCUGGGUGACUAUGUCAAAGCAAUGCAGUAUCACAAAUUGGAUCUGACUCUUGCUAGGAACAUGGGCGACAAAUUAGGCGAAGCCAAGUCUAGUGGAAAUCUAGGCAACACACUAAAAGUUAUGGGCAAAUUCGACGAAGCCAUGAUAUGCUGUAAAAGGCAUCUAGAGAUCUCCAGAGAGAUCGGAGACAAGCUUAGCGAAGGAAGAGCUCUAUACAAUUUAGGAAAUGUAUAUCAUGCAAAAGGCAAGCAAGCAGGUAGAAUAGGUCAUCAGGAUCCAGGAGAUUUUUCCGAGGAUGUUCGACAAUGUUUGCAACAAGCUGUGCGCUAUUACGAAGAAAAUUUAGAACUUAUGAGAGAAUUGGAAGAUUCUGCAGCGCAGGGUAGAGCAUGUGGCAAUUUGGGCAAUACGUUCUACUUACUGGGUGAUUUUCAACAGGCCAUUUAUUAUCACAAUGAACGCUUAAAAAUUGCUAGAGAAUUUGGCGAUAAACCGGCUGAAAGAAGAGCUAACAGCAAUUUAGGGAACUCGCAUAUAUUUCUGGGCGAGUUCGAGAAAGCUGCGCAACAUUACAAGAGAACCUUAGUUCUUGCACAGGAAUUGGGUGAUCGCGAAGUAGAAGCGCAAGCGUGCUAUUCUCUAGGAAACACAUAUACUCUCUUACGUGAUUACUCGGCAGCUAUCGAAUAUCAUUUGUGGCAUCUGGGUAUAGCGCAACAACUGAAGGAUCGUAUCGGCGAGGGACGGGCUUGUUGGUCAUUGGGAAACGCAUAUGCCGCAAUGGGCAAUCAUGAGAAAGCACUGCAUUAUGCGAAUCUACAUCUGCAUAUUUCGAAGGAGCUGGAAGAUCAAAUGGGUCAAGCUACCGCGCAAAUGAACGUUGAUGACUUGCAGAAAAUUCUCGGCUUGGAAAAGAAUCAACAGGAGAGCAACAAGGAAAAUCUGAACACGCAAAAAUUGACUACAAAUGCGACGUCAAACGUCCCGACAACUACACCUUGUAGAUAUAGACUGAGGCGACAAAGCAUGGACAAUCUGGAUCUAAUUAAGCUCACACCUGACGCAAAGCAAAAGGAUCAGUCUGAAAUUGUGUUGGACAAAGAUGACAAUGUUGCGUCACAACUUUCUCAAAAGGAGGAAGAUAAUUUUUUCGAUCUGUUAUCCCGGUUUCAAUCAGGUAGGAUGGAUGAUCAACGUUGCGCGCUCAACACAAAACGUAAUCCAAAAUAUCGAACAAUUACACCGGAAGUAUCCGAUAUGGACGACAAAGACGGCGAAGAUUUGUUAGAAUUAAUCGCAGGAAUGCAGAGCAAACGGAUGGACGAGCAACGAGUGACAUUACCCUACUUGCCAGGAUUGAAUACUAAUCAGGACUCAGAUGAUUCCUUCAUCGAGAUGCUCGUCAGAUGCCAGAGUUCACGUCUAGAGGAUCAGCGAAGUCCUCUACCAGCUGCAUCAACGUUGCAAGACGCGGAAGAGGAAAGGGGCCGAAGAUCGAAUGGAAAUACACAAUCGGGUUCCACUGUGCCUGAAGAGGACCUCUUUGCCCUAAUUCAAAGACUUCAAGCUGGUCGAAUGGAGGAUCAAAGAGCUUCCGGACCCGGCAAGGCGUGCUAAGCUUACAAAAGUAGAUGGUGACUUAAGGUCUUCACAAUACGUUCCAUUUAUCGUAAUUUCUUACUUGACAUAUUCUCGAUUACAUCACCUUAAUUUGCUUAUUGCUGCAACUUUCAUUUUCUUGGUUACUUAAUAGAAAAAAAGUUGGUACUAUCUCUGAACGGUCUGAUUCUGUUUCGAAAAUAAUGACUCUGGUGAAAAUCAUGCACCGUGCCAUAAAGUGCGAAAACAUUCCUUGUUUGUUGCGGCGAAGUUAAUAAGAUAUUUCAAAGCUUUAACGAAUAUUAUCGCUUUGUAAAUAUGUGAUAAAUAUAUAGGUCUAUCUUGACUAUAAGAUUGUUCAAGCUUCUAAACCAAAAUUUCAUUUCUGCGCAUACGUUUUCGCACUAAGAAUUAGAGAAAGAUGCCUGUAAUGAUUUUGUGUAACAGUUGCAUGCAAAAUGAGUUAAACAAUAUCGAAACUUAUUGUUUAAAAAAGUAAGAAUUUAUGUGUCAUAUAAAACAUAACUGUUCGCUUUCCCGCCACUGAAACCAAUCAAUUGAAAGAUUCUGCAUAGACUUUAUAUUCAAUUCAGUGAAGACACUUUGAAGAUAUAUGCAAAUCUUCUAUGUAUCACUUGAAAUAUGUGUAUCACAUAUUGAAUAUCACUUCAAUAUGUAUCACUUGAAAAGCUAUUUUCCUAUUUUUCCUUCAGACGUGAAAAUAAUUAAUGAAACGAACUCGUUUUUGCACUCAGGUCUUUGAUUCCGUUCAAAUAGACUUAAUUGUUCACGUAGAUUACGUGACUCGUGUCACGUACUACAAUAUCGUGUCACGUCUAUAAUAAGUAAUUGAUACUCUUGUAAUUGAUAUUCUGUAGUUUAACAAACUGCUUAGAAGCUGGUUGUAUGAAAACAUUACAUAACAAUGCAAUAAUGAUAAUAGCUUUUCAGUUGAUUUGUCUAGUAAUAACAACUGCCGUUAGUUUCUGGCUACUCGAUCGAAUAAAUUACUAUUGAAUAUAAUAUGCUAUACAUUCGAUAAAUAAAUUAUUUGCCAAUCCUGAAUAAAUCGCGAAUAUUAAAUUGUAAUGCGUUUGCAGGCCGACGAUAGUCGUGAUUUAUGUGACAUGCCAGUAACUAGCAUCGGUUUUAGUAUUAUCAAGAAUUUUAUAAUGCCCGUUUUACACGAGACUACAAUCGCGCGUGCAAAACAGGCUUUCCAAACACUGCCAGUUUGAGGAUGUGAAUUAUUUUUGGAUAUUCGUUCGCGAACAAACCCGAAGGGCCUUCCAAUAUUCACACUCUCAAGAGAUUGUAGGUUUAUUACUUUAUAUACAUAUACAUAUAUAUAUUUUUUCGUGCGUAUUUCAAUUUACUUCCAUCUAUUAAGAAAAAGCAAGAUUAUUUUUUAAAGAAUAUAUUACGCGUAAAGACAGUGGGCGAAAAAGUAUUCUCGCACCGCCGAGUUUCACUAUUAAUAGCUCUCUUGAUUGCUAAAUAAUUGCGAGUAGAUAACACCAACAAACAAAUUGUACAUUGACACGAAAAGAGUCAAAAAGUAAAGUGAAUUUACGAUCCUUUUUUGCAACAUGCACAAUAUUACUUUGUGAAUCUUUUUCCUUAAAAAGAAAAAUUUUCAAUCGUUAUUGAAACUGCAUACAUCGCAUGUCAGUUAAAUUUUCUUAAAUUUUAAAGAAUUUAUAUUCAUGUAAAAUCUCAUCAUUGUCUCUAUUAUUAUCAUUGAUAUAUAUUUAAUGAAAAGCUAUUAAGUAAUGCAAUGUUAUUGCAUUUUACAAGCAAAUACACUUUACUUCUUGAUUCACUUUCAUAUAUGAAAUAAGUAAUUGCCGCUGAAUUAAAUAUUUUUGAAAGAUUUUAGAUAGAAGAGAACUUAUAAAUAUAGCUAAAAAGAUCACGGUAUAUGAGUGUUACUUUUGCUUUAUACGUUCAAUAGGACGGAAACUUGUAGCGAAUAUCAGUGCCAAAGAUUCUCGAUACGCUGAAAAGGAAAAAAAAAUCUAUGAAAAAGAAGAAAAAAGGAAAGUAAGCUUAUAUCGAUUAAAUAUCUUUAUUGUAUCGUUGUCGCGUAAAUUUUUUCCGUGAAGGCUUAUCAUCAUUGUAUUGUAAAGAUACAAUAGUAUCGAAAAUCCUACUUGACACUGUUUUAAAUUGGUAAAAUAUUAAAUGUAAUUCACACCUCGUUGUAUUUAUUCUGCAGUUAGAGAGAAUUAGGCUUCCUCCUAUAUCUCUAUCUCAUAUAUCUUGAUUUAAAGCAUAGUUUCAGAAUUUUGAAAAUUUUACGCUUUGUUGUGACAUAAUAUCUGUUGCUGUUCUAACGGAUUUAUUUAGGGAUUUAAACUAUAGCCGAUCAGCCUAACAUGGAGAACGUGUUUAGCAUGUAGUUGUCUCAUCUGUUCUAAUGAUCAAAUGUAAUCGUGUAUAUAAUUGAAUAAUUCUAUAAUUAAAAUACUGACUAGCCGUCGAGCCGAAUUGCAACAAUGUUGUCAUUUAUGCAAAGGAAAAUUAUGAAAAGAAAGAAUUGUUGAUAAUAUAAGAAAUAUAAGUUGACAAUUGAUUCAACAAUAAAAGUGCAAGAGUAGUGAUAUAACAAUUAUUGAAUCGAGAUCAUUGAAUAUCUUUUGCUAUGUGCUGUUAUAAAAUCGUGAUUGCAAAAGAAAUUGUACAUACGUGAAUAGAGCUUUUUGGUUUUAUCCAUUGGAGGAAGGACUGAAACUAUUAUUGAGAAUAUUAAAUGACAAAUCACGCUAAUUGUAGGGCUUUCAUGAUUCUUCAUGAAAUUUCAUCUUUACCAUUAUUUUUUAGAAUACUUUAUAACAUAGAAUACAUUACAAUUUUUUAGAAUACGUUAUAAUUACUUUAUAUCUUAAUUUUUUUACAAUAAAUAUGCAUUAUAUUAGAGAUUAAUGACAUAGGUUCUUCGUACUAACUAAUUUGUAAUUCUUAGUUUCACGACCAUCGAGAUAUAUAAAUACAUUCCACAUUCUGUCCAUAUAAUAGUGUAUAAUAAAGGAUCAAUAAAAAAAUAUAUACUUUUUUCAGAA